AUGGCUAAGAGAGAAAUGUCAUGUCAUGCCCUAUGGCUAACAGAGAAAUGUCAUGUCACGACCUAUGGCACUCCAGAGAAAUAUCAUGUCACGACCUAUGGCACUCCCGAGAAAUUUCAUGUCAUGACCUAUGGCACUCUAGAGAAAUGUCAUGUCACGACCUAUGGCACUCCAGAGAAAUAUCAUGUCACGACCUAUGGCACUCCCGAGAAAUAUCAUGUCAUGGCCUAUGGCACUCCAGAGAAAUAUCAUGUCACAACCUAUGGCACUCCAGAGAAAUAUCAUGUCACGACCUAUGGCACACUAGAGAAAUAUCAUGUCAUGGCCUAUGGCACUCCAGAGAAAUAUCAUGUCACAACCUAUGGCACUCCAGAGAAAUAUCAUGUCAUGACCUAUGGCACUCCAGAGAAAUGUCAUGUCAUGGCCUAUGGCACUCUAGAGAAAUAUCAUGUCAUGGCCUAUGGCGCUCCAGAGAAAUAUCAUGUCACAACCUAUGGCACUCCAGAGAAAUAUCAUGUCAUGACCUAUGGCACUCCAGGGAAAUGUCAUGUCAUGGCCUAUGGCACUCUAGAGAAAUGUCAUGUCAUGGCAUAUGGUACUCCAUGGUGUAUGGAAUGA